CGUCAGACUGCCACAUAUUUGUAGCUCUCUUUACUCCUUGCUCUUUCCUCAAUCCAUUUCAUAGCGAACCUUCGCGCGUGCCAGAAGCGUUGUUCCGAUCUGCAUUUGUUUAUUGUGUUCAAAAUCCUGUGCGUAUCAGACUGAGCGCGGAAGUAGAUAAAAGCAUGGCGUCAAUAUUUUCUAAGAACGGGAUCCUGUCAGGUCGACUAGACCAGUAUUGCCUGAUUUGUGCCGAGCACUUUGCGAGCGGUGAAGACACUCUCGCGCAUAUCAUCGAUUCUAAACAUAAGGAGAAAUUAGAGGCGUGCGGGUACUUCGCAAAAUAUAGCGAAGAUUUCAUUAGAAAGGCUAACGGCGUAUACUUUUGCGAGCCCUGUGGCUUAACUUUCCCUACCGUCAAGAAAGUAGAGUUACACAUAAGCGAACCAACUCAUAUUGAUGAGAAAACUAAAGGCUCUUCGUGGCUUAAUCGAGUACAAAACGAUAUUAUAGCUUUUAACAAGUUUGUAAUAACCGAUGAUGCCUGGAACGGCUGCGUCGAAGACACUUGUAUCCUUUGCAAUGAUGAAUUUGAAGACAGUGCACCACAUAAAAUGACUAGAAGUCAUGUUUUCAAUUUAAUUAAAAGCGACGUUGUUUGUGACAAGGAUGAAGCUGCCGUUUAUAGAGUGAUUGACGCUAAGUCGAAUCAAUGUCUCACUUGCAAUACAAUAAUUGGAAACGAUCUAAAAAAUCAUUUCAGUUCAACUGAACAUAAAGCUGCUUAUAAAAUGUACGAUCAUAGCAAACGCGAAACAAAUGAGGUACAAAAAGAAAACAAAAACGCAAAUACACCAAAAAUAUCCCAAAAUGUAAAUGCAACAACUGAAAAAACAGAAUUAAAGAAUAACAAUAAAGUUGUUAAUGGAAAUGUAGCUAAAACUGAAAAAACAGAAUUAAAGGAUAACAAUAAAGUUGUUAAUGGAAAUGUCGCAAAUGUUAAAAAAGUUGAAGAGGUUAAAAAUGUAAAGAAAGAGGUAAAACAAGAUGCAAAGAAACCUGUUGAAACAAAACCUAAUAAACAUGUUGAUAAACCAAAAGAAAAAGUUGCAGAUUUGCCUAAGAAACAGAAAGCAGCUGAACUUGAUAAGAUUUUAUGUAAAAAUUUAGGCGCCAAAAACUACAUUACCUCCGGAGAUGGGGAAAAAUGGUGUCUUCUAUGCGAAUGGCUGUUAGUGGAAUCUCCUGAAAGCCACAUUCGAUCUCCACACCACCAGAGUUUAUUGGCAAUGCACAAAAAAUCCAUCGCAGAAAAAGACUCAAAUAACAACAAUAAUACAGCAAGCAAAGACGAAAAGAUUAAUCUAUUUGAUAACGUAGAUAAAUAUCAAGCGAACGACGUUAACAUCGAUCUUAUAAACGAGACAGCGUUUUGUAAGAAGUGUUCCAAAAAUAUUGAUUUCAAUACUUGUGCUAUCGACAAACACAUUGAUGGGCAUAAGACUGCUAAAACUAAAAAGUCACAGACGACGCCCCUAGCUUGGGGGAUGAAGUCGAAUGGUACUGAGAAAACUACGUUAUAUACUAAGCCAGUUACGUUCACUGGUAAGGACAAAAGUCCUCGAAAAGUACCUUCAGAAUCGCAGGUUCAAGAGUUCGCUAAGAAACACGGAUUGAGCCACAAUCGAGCGGACAACAGCUUCUACUGCAAUCCUUGCAGCCGCCGACUAUCCACCAAUCUGAACGACUUACAAAAUCACGUGGCCAGUAAACUCCAUGUGGACAAUAUGGCGAAAAAAUCAUCCAAGAUCGAAGUCCCAGCGCCACCAGUUAAAGUACGCCUUUUGGAAACCGUGAAAUCAUUUUGGUUCACUGAAAAUGAAGAAGAAGGGUGCAUUAUAAUUAUAAACGACAAGUAUUGGAUCAACGCAUUUGGCUUUUUUCUGAUUGCCAAACUUCAUGAUAAGAUUAUUUGCCACGGCUGCCGCAUAGACCUGACUCCAGAGAAUGUCAUGCAGCAUAUUGCCAUGUCUGACUAUCACAAGGAAUUAUUGGAUAAAUGCCUUUUGAUAACUUCAGUGGAAGGUGAAUUUAUAAGAGAGAUAAAGCCAGAUGUUUACCACUGCGGGUUUUGCAACAUCACAGAAGACGAUUGGGAUGACAUGAUAGACGACCAUUUAAAUUCUUACGAACACAAGAAGGAACGGGCCAGCUCUGAAGAAUAUCUCCGAAAACAGUUGAAGAAAACAGACCAAAGGUUUCAAAUUACCCAGGCGCAUUUGGACGAGUUGUUUAAGAGAUUUAUGGUAGUCAACAGACAUUAGGCUAGUCUUUUUGGUAUAUUCCAGUAACUAACGUCCCCACUCAGAGACAUUUAAUGAUUACUUAAGUCACUCCUUAGUGACAGAAUGUCAUACAAAUCCUUCACUAAGGAAUGGCUUAAGUAACCAUUAAAUGUAUCUGAGUUAGGAGGUAAGUACUGUAAAACACGAACAGCAAAGGGGACUUUCAGAGCAAUUAGCUGAGAGUACUUGUUUUUUUUUUAUGAUGAUUUGCGCUAAGUAUUUCAAAGGUAAUAAAUAAAGAUUUUCGUAAAGAACUUUAAGUUGACUUUAAGUUGUUGUAAGACAAAUAAGUUUUUUUUUCCUGUAUUUGAAAUUAUAUUUGUGAUUAAAAGAAAAGACUAAAUAUCUUUAGAACUUAGUUUUAUUAAGAGUUGUCAUUUAUAAUUUAUAGCAGAUUUACCAUAGGCAUACCUGCAAAAAAAGUAUGUUAGUCAGCGUAUUGAUUUUUCAGAAUUUUUUGUUUUGUUAUUUUCUUGAUACCUAUAUUAUUUUUAAGCAUACAAUGAGGAAUGACCUUCAUAGUAGGUAUAAGCGUCAAUUGUGUAUUAUUUUUCUUUUCAUUAUUCUAUCAAAUAGGUGCCUACCGAAAGGUGAGUUACACCAUUCAACUAUAACGAUAACCAAACCAUAACCAGCCGUGAAAUGGCCAAUAGUCAAAUCGGCGUUUUGAUAACUGAAAAUAGUUCGGUUAUCGUUAUAAAAAACUCGCCGUGUGUUUAAGUUUCUUUAAUUUUAUAUUCUUUGUCAUUGAUUCAUGUUAUCAGCGUAGUUUGUAAGCAUUCUUCGGUAAAUAUACUUAAUCGACAUUUCUUAAAA